GGAAAAAAGGGGAUUUCCUCCUGCUUUGACUUUUAUCAGGAGUGGAGUCCUUAUCUGUUAGUCUACUGUAUGAGUGGAUGAAUAAUUUAAGGGUUUCUUGUACGUACAUCAGUUUUCAGAUCGAUUUCAUCCCAUCUGAUCUUGCCACCAACCUCAAGGACUUUUCAAAGUUCCCAGCAUCCUGUCCGCCUGACUAUGGAAAUUUCUUCACAAGCCAGGCUCCCUUUAGAUUAGAAAUACACCCUUUUUCAUUGGCUUAACACUCAUCAGUCUUUGAUUGGCGUAAAUGAAGUUAGUUAAUUAUCAGAAGGCUGCGUGGGAUCUGCGCUCACUGUGUCUUUAAAGUCGUGCAGAGGGGAGCCAACGAUAAGGAAAGGAGGGGCAGCUGUGCGCCAGUUGGAGGUGUCUGCCUGUCGCAGCGCCUUGGGGUUGACAUUAAGAAGAAGAGCGCGUCCAUGCUUCAUCUGGGAGGACCCUUGCAAACCGGAAGGCGCUGGAGCAGAAGCAGACAAGGGAAGGUGCUCAUCGAUCGGAGGAUACAUGGAUGAACAGAGAAAUACUGCAAUCGGAAUUAAGUUGUCAGCCGGUGCGAGGAAUAUCUGUAUAUAAUGGGGAAUACAGCGCCCAAACCGUUAAUAGAUGCUACUCUGCAACCCCGCUCAGUGGCUAGCAGGCAAUACUACACUCUGCCUAAUAACGGGUCAGGUGUGGAAAGAAGAACGUCAGCCCCCCCUAUCAACAUCAACUUGGAGUCGCUGCGCUUUAACCUGCACGCCAGGGGCAAGAACAUCCGGCUGGAUGGGCAACUUCGAAGGGCCACUCGCAAAAACAGCUUCUGCAAUGGCAUCACGUUCAGCCAUCGUCCUGUCCACCUUUAUGAAAAGGUCUGUCUGCGCCUAACUGGAGUGCACACUGGCUGGAGUGGAGCUCUGCGCUUUGGUUUCACUAGUCUAGAUCCAAGUGACCUGGAGGCCGCUGACAUCCCUAAGUAUGCUUGCCCAGAUCUGGUGACACGGCCCGGUUACUGGGCCAAGGCCCUGCCUGAGAGACUGGCCCUAAAGGACAAUGUGUUGUCGUUUUGGGCCGACCGCCAUGGGAGGGUUUUCUACAGCAUCAAUGAUGGAGAGCCCAUCCUUUUCCACUGUGGGCUUAGUAUCGGCUGUCCACUUUGGGCAAUUAUUGACAUCUAUGGCAUCACUCAGGAGGUCACACUGCUUGACAGCACGUUUGCUGAGAGUGUGGGGUCCAGCUGUCUGAGCGCGGCUCGUCUGAGUGCCUAUCUUCCCCAGAGCAGCCACGACUCGGCCAAUUACAGCAACAAUCAGCUGGAGAACAACCAGGCGGCGGCUGCCAAAAUGGCCAACCUCCAGUUCAACAGCUACUCUCAGUUAAUCCCCUGCUGCUCGUCCACCUCUUCCUCCUCCACGCCGUCUUCAACCGCCUCCACUACGUUCCCAAGGGGGGUCCGGGGCCUCCCUUCCCUGCUGGACAAUGACUUGCACUUUCACCUGAUCCGUGGAUCUGAUGUAAUACUCUCUGCAGACCGUUUAGCUGCCUGUAUUCAUUUUCUGGACAGUAGUCGGACUCUGGUGUUCAGCGACCGGCCGCUGCACGUGGGGGAGACUUUGUAUGUGGAGGUGGGCCACCUGGGCCUGCCUUACUUUGGGGCAAUGUCGUUCGGUUUGACAUCCUGUGACCCAGCUUGUCUGCACUCUGUAGACUUGCCAGCUGACCCUGAGGUGCUCCUGGACCGAAAGGAGUAUUGGGUGUUGCACCGGGGCUUCCCCAUGCCUUGCUCUGGAGACGUUCUCAGCUUCAGUCUGCUGCCCAGCGGGGAGGUGCACCACGGGGUGAAUGGAGCUGGGCGUGGCCGGCUGCUCUGCGUAGACUCCUCUCAGGUCCUGUGGGCCUUUUUCACCUUGCAUGGGGCUGUGAACAGACUCAGGAUACUCGGAACACAGCAGUCCAGUCCUCCCUGCACAUCCCCCACAACUUCUCAGAGCAGCAGCCCAGAUGACAGUGACUCAGACCUUGCUUUCAGCAUCAACAGAUCCUCUUCUGCCUCAGAAUCCUCUCUGGUGACUGCUCCCAGCUCCCCUCUCAGCCCCCCCACGUCUCCCUCCCUGACUGCAUCUGAGCUGCCCCCUGCUGGGAAGAACGGAGAGUGCACCAUCUGCUUCGACCAGGAAGUGGACACGGUCAUCUACACUUGCGGACACAUGUGCCUGUGCAACGACUGCGGGCAGAAGCUGAAGAGACAAAUCAGUUCAUGUUGCCCAAUAUGCAGGAGGCCCAUCAAAGAUGUCAUCAAAACGUAUCGGCCGUGAUGAUGGCUCCGUUUUGUAACCAGGUGCUGUGUUUCACUACCACCUGUUGACUCCUCUCAGGCUUUGCUGGACAACAAUCCUGACCUUAAAUCAGAAACUGACCACACCAGAGCAUCACUGUGCCUGUUAGAUUUCCCUUUCAUGCGGCUAAAUGCAGUCUGGAGUCAGAACUAAGAUAGACUUCAUCUUAAUAACUACACUUGAUGUUUGAGCACCUUUACUUCAGCAAAUAUAUAUAUAAAAAAAAAUACCUAUUCAUAUUUUCCAUUUCAUCUCACCUGUAUUGAAGCAGAGAGGCCUGUUGUUAAUAUUUCGUCCUUACUGUCAUCCUUAUAGGCAUGUAGUCCUCUGCAAAAAAAAAAUCCCAACUACAAACUACAGUGCAUUUAGUUUGGAUUUUAUAUGAUGUUAUGACCAACACAAAUUUCACAUAACUGUGAAGUGAAAGGAAACAAUGGAAAGUGUUUUGUGCAUUUGUAAAACCACUUUUUGCUACAGUUACAGCUGCAAAUCAUUUAGAGCACAUUUCUACAGGCUUUGUACAUCUAAAGGAUGACAUUUUUGCCAAUUUUUACAUUGUAAAAUAGCUCAAGCAUUGGUAAACAUACAUUUUCAAGUCUUUCCACAUAUUAAGAAUCAGAUUUUAGGCCUAGACCUCGACUUGGUCACUCUAAAACAUGAAAAACCUUUGAUCUCAACCUUUGUGUUGUAGAACUGGUUGGAUAUUUAGGGUCUUUGUCCUGCUGGACAAAGACCUCCUGCUGAUUUUCUUCAAAGAUUACCAUUUCUUAGCUCCAUCUAUCUUUCUAUGAAAUUUCAACAGCUUUCCUGUGCCUGCUGAGGAAAAGAAUCCCUAAAGCAUAAUGCUGCCACAAUCAUGUUUUGCUCUGUCAGUUUAGGUGGACGGUCACGGUCUUGGUGGGUGUGCAGUUGUGCCAUACUCUUCUCAUUUUUAGUUGCUGAAUUAAACUGCUCUAUGAGAUGAUCAGAAUAUGAUAUAUUGUUUUAUAACCUUAACCUGCUUUUUAGUUUUCCAAAAUGUUAUCUCUGAUCUGUCUGCUGUGUUUCUUUGUUUUCAGCAUUGUUCACUAAUGUUCUCUGACACACCUUAGAGGCCUUUGCAGAACAGCUGGGUUUAGACUAAUGUUAUAAUGCACACAGUAAAUAUUAGAAAUUGAGGUAAUUUUUUUUCCAUUUGGAAAAUAUUUAAAAAAUCAAGAAUCCUUUUUGUUCUACUUUACAGUUAUGUGUUAAUUUGUAAUGGUCCAUCACAUAAAGUCACACAAAAAAAAAACAUUGGAGUGUUUGGUUGUAACGUGUUUGAGGGAUAUAACUAUGUUUGCAAGGCACUGUACAUGUCCUACAACAGACCAUUGACUUUGGGUGCCUUAGAUUGUUGUUGUGGUAUCUCUCAAAGCAAAUAACUAAAUAAAUAAAUAAAAACCCUAGCCAUAUUUUCAGUAUACACCCUCCCCGGAGGCACACAGAUACUGAAUGCGUGCAACAGAAGUUGUAAAGGCAGGUAGAGAAAAGGUUGUGUCUGGAUGUAUCGCCAAGCUUUAAAGAAAAAGGUGAACCUCGCAAAGUUUGAGGAAAAAAAGGAAAGAAUCUGGUUUUGCACUCUGAGAGACUGACGAUGUUGACUAAAUUAAGUCUAUCUUCUUUAAUAAUAAUAAAAAAACUAAUUUAAAUGAUAUUUUGAAAAGCACAAUUAUAAUUUAACACUAACAUACCUUUGCUGUUAAGAGAUGCUCCUAAUCUCUACAGUAAAUCAAGUUAGAGUGUGCACAGUAAUGUAAAUUAUAUUAAAUGUAGAAAUACGCACUAAAAAUAGAUGUUUGCCGUUUAUUAAACAAAAUAUAGUGCCACUAGUUUCUAUACCUAUAAUCUAUAUAGUACGUACUAUGUUGUGUAGAGCUCAUGAGAAUCAUGAUGGUGUUUCUUUUAGAUAAUGAAGCAUUGCUGAUUUAUACUUUCUUGUAAAAUGAGCCAUCUUUUUUCUUUACAACAUUUUAAUAAAAUAUCUAUUGGAAAGUGAA